AUGGUGACACGCGUGCUGAGCGCGUGCAUCGACCGUGCCAUCACGUCGGCCGAGCCCCUCCUCGUGGCAUUCCACCACGUGUCCGCGCUCAGCGAGGAGGCCGCGCCACCCGCAAACCCGGGCGACGCCGAGAGUGCGGUCGUGUUCGUUGACUAUGUGGACCAGCUGCAGGACGCUAUCGAGGAAGUGGUGGCGCACGACGAAGAGGCCUUCCGGAGGUUGGAGGAGGCGGUCAAUUUCCUAGGCACCAUGGGAGGCAUGGCCGGGUAUGAGCUGGGCACUGACGACGAGGUGGACACCACCGCAAGGAUGGCUAAGACGCUCACCGGCAAUGAUUGCUUGGACAUUUGCCUUGACAUCUAUGUCACGACAAGGUAUAGGAGAGCGACCAAGGUGAUGAUGUGGCUCAACCAGGCGUACCUCAAGUCGUACACCCCGGAGGAGAUCGACACCAUGGAGUGGGAGUCGAUGGAGUCAGCCAUGGCGCUAUGGAGCCCGCAUUUCCACAGGGCUAUUGCCUCCAUGCUCACCGCGGAGCGCCAGCUCUACGCGCGCGUGCUUGUGCCCCUACCACAACUGGUCUGGCCUGAGUGCUUCACCAAGAUUGCCGCCCGCAACAUCAUGGUGUUCUUCUGCUUCGUGGAUGGCAUGGCCAUCGCGGCGCGCGAGCCACAGAGUCUAUUCAAGCAGCUCGACAUGCUCAAGGUGACGGCGAGCGUGCUAGAGGCGCUGCACUAG